GAUUGUGAAUAAGACGUAAAUUAAUUAAAAAAUAUGGCGACUGUUAGUAACUUGAACUAAAAUUUAAUGCUUCGCCAAAUAGUCUUAUUGUUUUAGUGAUAAUUUAGGUAAAACGGUAGACAAGUAGUAUAAAAUUUGUUUAGAUAUCAGUGACUUCAAAAUAAUCAAGGAAAACUGUGAUUUAAGUCACAUAUUCACCUAUCAAAAUGUAUGACGACAGACGUGGUGGGCGUGGAGGAGGACGUGGUAUGAGCCGCGGCCGCGGCGGUGGCAGGGGAGGGUCCCGCGGCGGCCGGUCUAGCGAUAGAUCAGAGGAGAGAGGCGGUCGUUUCGGGUCUAGUAUGCGCGGCCGCGACGGGGGCAGAGGAGGGAGGGGAUUCGGAGGCCGCGGGGGUGGUCGCGAAGAUUUCAGGAGCUUUAAGAACGAUCAACCUGGCGGCAACUUACGGAAAAUACGUUGGGAGUCGAUUACACUGACGCCAUUCCAGAAAAACUUCUAUGUCCCCCAUCCGAACGUUCAGAGACGCUCGCCUGCCGAAAUCGAAGCUUAUCGCAGUGAGAAUCAGAUUACGGUGAAAGGUAGGGAUGUCCCGGCACCGAGUAUGUACUUUGAAGAAGGUGGUUUUCCAGAUUAUGCUAUGAAAGAGAUUUUAAAGCAAGGCUUCCCACAUCCAACCCCUAUCCAGGCACAAGGAUGGCCUAUAGCAUUGUCGGGACGAGAUCUGGUGGGAAUUGCUCAAACAGGGUCAGGAAAAACAUUAGCAUAUAUUUUGCCAGCCAUAGUGCAUAUCAUCAAUCAGCCAAGGCUACUGAGAGAUGAGGGGCCCAUUGUGUUAGUGUUGGCACCCACCAGGGAGCUUGCACAACAAAUUCAACAGGCUCUGAUUGCAAUGAACGGGACCGCAGCUGACAUGACGGAUCCCAACGACUGCGACAUAGUAGCAACAGAUUUCGGUCAGAAUGUUCAAGUUCGGAACACAUGUAUCUUUGGUGGUGCACCUAAAGGGCCGCAGGGGAGGUCGUUGGAGCGCGGUGUGGAGAUAGUUAUAGCUACACCUGGAAGACUGAUUGAUUUCUUAGAAAGAGAUACAACGAACCUACGUCGUUGCACAUACCUUGUGCUGGACGAGGCAGACAGGAUGCUGGACAUGGGCUUUGAGCCACAGAUAAGAAAAAUUAUUGAGCAAAUUCGACCUGACAGACAGGUCCUCAUGUGGUCAGCAACAUGGCCCAAAGAAGUACAGAAUCUAGCCGAGGAGUUUCUACAUGACUACAUCCAGAUCAACAUUGGCUCACUGUCCCUCUCUGCCAACCAUAACAUCCUGCAGAUUGUGGAUGUGUGCGAGGAGUGGGAGAAAAAUGAAAAGUUAUUGACGCUGCUCAAUGAAAUAUCCUCUGAAGAGGAAACCAAGACAAUUAUAUUUGCAGAGACAAAGCGAAAGGUGGAUGACAUAACAAAAACAAUAAACCGGGCCGGAUGGCGUGCUCUAGCUAUCCACGGGGACAAGAACCAGCAGGAUCGGGACUACGUGCUCAGUCAGUUCCGUAUGUCUAAUGGCGGAAUUCUGGUCGCCACAGACGUCGCCGCCAGAGGUCUAGAUGUGGAGGACGUCAAGUUUGUGAUAAACUACGACUACCCGAAUAACUCUGAGGACUACGUGCAUCGUAUCGGUCGCACAGGACGCUCACAGAAUACUGGCACUGCCUACACCCUCUUCACACCAUCCAACUCCGCUAAGGCCAAGGACCUGAUGUGUGUGCUGCAGGAGGCCAACCAAGUGGUCAAUCCUCGUCUGCUGGAGAUGGCCCAGUGCGGUAUGGGAUUCAAGGGGAAAUAUGGUCGCAACCGUUUCCGUGACCGUGAUGAGGGCGAGCGCGGCCGCUCUGACCGCGGCAGGGGACGCGGCCGCGGCGGCAGGUUCGGGGACAGAGGUUCCCGUUGGGAUGAGAACAGUUCAAGCAGUUACAGCCAGGGAACCAGCUUCAAUCGGCAAGAGGGAUACAACACGCGCCAGUCUGACACACGACAGUUCAACAACCGAGAAGGAGGUGGGUUCAACCGAGAGAACUCUGGUUCGUUCAGAGGCCGCGGCGGGGGACGGGGCAGGGGCCGCGGGUUCAACCACGGAGAUCAGACUCACCAGAAUCAAAACUUCAGCGUUCCUCCCCCCACUUCUUAUUACAAUAUGUAUUCUCAACCGCCGCCCGCAAAAUAAAUCUAUUUUAUAUACAGUAGUUAUAUUAAUUCAAGUAUCCGCUGUCUGUGUGUUUUCAUGGACGAAAACAUUAUAUAACAACAUGUCUGAACAUAAUAUAUGUUUAAUAUAAGUGCAUCUGCAGUGAAAUUUUCAUAGCAAUGUAAUUCUAGACAUAAUUUGUAGACAGAAUGUUAUUUUACAUUAUAAAGCUUUUUUUAUUUGAUAUCCAUAUAAAACUAACCUUUUAUAAGCAACAGCUAAGGCUUUUUUUUUUGGCUUUUUAUAGAUAAAAAAGUUCAAUUCUUUCAGUAGUUAAAUGAAACCAGAAUAUUUUUUUCGUAAUUAAAAUAUAAAUAGAUUUCUCUGUCUACAAAUUUGAUUAUCUUUUAUUCUAGUAAUAUAGAAACAUACUCUGUGGGUAGUAUAUGUUAGUUAAUAUUCAAUUAUCUGAUAUUUCGCAAUUGGACAAUUUUAUUAGUUAUAAUAAUAAAUUUAAGAAAUAGUGAAACUGUUAAUACUUCUCACAUUCAAGAGUUUUGAAAUAUGUUUAAAAUAUUUAAGAUUUUAUUUUAUUCACUCCUGUAAAAUUAGUAUUAAAUACUUAAUUAACUUUAUAAUCAAGAUAUUUUGUAAAUCUAUGUCAAAUUGAGGGAGAAAGUAACAUCUCGUAAAAGAUAUGAUUGCAUAGUUUCAUUGAAUAACUUUGUUGAAUGGAUCUAAAUAUUUGUCAUACGUUUUCAUUACAAAACUUUACAAAAAUAAACAUAAUUAAAAGUUGCUAUGUAAUUAUUAAAUUGGUUUAAAAAGCUAAUUUAAAAAGAUUUUUAAAUUAAUAAAUGAUCCACUGUUAAUGUCAGAUGCAUUUAAAAAUCAUGAAAGUGGAAAAAAUGUAUGUUAAAUCAGUUAGACAUUCCUACAUUGUUGCAAUGGUUCAAAAUGUCCGCUGUAUUGAAAAUGUGCAAUUUACCAAAUAAAUUACUAUAAAUAAU